CCUAGAGAAAUAGAUAUUUCAUAGGCAAUGAAGUUUCAAGUUUGUUUUUAUUGCUUAGAAGUUUGUCCUUGGUAAAGACCAGUGUACACUGGUAAAGCUUUCACUAGUAACCUAUAGACAAACCGUUGCUACGAGGUCUGCAGGGCACCAGUCAGUUUUGCAGGGCAGAAACCCUUUUCACCCCCCCAAACCUAUUGGCCAAGUUACGCCCCUGUUUGGUGAGUGCGAAUGGUGCAAAUCAGGGGGGACAAUGAUCUCUAUUAAACAACUACCACAGGGGUUCGGAAACACGAGUCACACGAGCUGAUCAAAAUGGCAGCUUCAAAGAAAAGCAACACGUUGAAACAGAGGGGAGUUUCAAAGCAAGCUAUUCCAGAUGAAAAAGAAACUGAUGGAGCUAAUGCCCAUGAUUUGGAAGUAGAAAAUAAGAAAUCUUCAUAUAAGGACUAUUUUAAAAAUACCCUCAAAUUUAUUCUCUUAGCAGUGAUUAUACCUCCUCUCUUGAAUUAUGCUUCAUUAAUACGAGAAGAUAAAGAAUUUAUGCAAACAGGUGAUUUCAAUGAAACAUUUCUUGGGCAACGACUCUUUGUUCAAUGCGAAGGAAAAGGAAAACCAACUGUCAUUCUUGAUUCUCCAACUGGACUGAACUCUGAUGUAUGGAAUUAUAUUUUUAAAGAAUUAUCCAAAGAGACAAAGGUCUGCAUGUAUGAUAGAGCUGGUAUUGGAUUUAGUGAAAGACCAAAACGAUAUAUCAAUGCAUCUGUCAAGCAAGGAGCAUUCCACACUACAGAAAGGAUGGUUGAUGACAUAAGAUUGCUCUUUUCUAAUAAAACUAGCCACGAAAAACCAUUUCUGCUGGUUGGAGCUGAAAUUGGCGCUGUUAAUGCAAGAUUCUAUGCUCAGAUGUACCAAGAUGAUGUGACGUCAUUGAUUUUAAUAAAUCCGCUCUUCGAUGGUUUAUUUGCAAUGGAGAAAGGCGAAUGGGAAAAGUUUUGGCUUGGGCCAUCUCUGCAAUCCUGGCAACAUCUUCAUAUCCUAGCUGUUUGUGGUCUCACUAGAAUAGGACUUCAUUUGGGUGCUAUACGAGGCUUUAUUCAAAGUGAAGAUCUGCCACAAAGUUUUCAGAUGAGACAAAAACAUCUACUUUGCAAACCGGGGCAUCUAUUUUCAGCUGUGGAGGAGCAUUUCUUUCUUAACGAGAGCUUAGCGCAAAUAAGACUGCUGAAUAAACUUCGACCACUCUCCGAUUCUAUACCAGUUACUGUCAUCACUAGCUCAAAGUACAGUGAUUCAGCACCGGAUCAUAUAAACAGGAUAUGGCAGAAAUCCCAACUGUUGUACAUGCAAGGCUUACACAAGAGUUCAAAUGAAUUGAAGAUGGAAUCUGCUGCUGACAAGCUUCUUAUGAAUACGAAAAGCCUUAAAAUGAUUGUAGACAGAAUAAAGAAGGAUAUCACUAAAUGGCGGACCGAAUCGAAAAAAGUUUCCAAAUUUUAAGAAAUUUUACUGCAAAACAUUGUACUGGUGUUUAUAUUUAAAAAUAGAUUUAUCUUGCAGAAUAAGAA